UGCGAUCGAGUUGCACGAACGGUACCCCCGUUCGAAUCUUCGUUGAUGAGAACUUCGUUGCGCGAGCACGCCGAAGUCGCUGAAACCAGACGAUCUUCACGAGAGCAACAAUUCGCGACGCAACAUCGUCAUUCUUGACAGGCACGAAAAUCUGUUGCGUGUAACUCUUUCUGUCAUCAACACCACCGGUGAACACCCACAAACGUUCCUAUCUGGCUGCGUUCGGAAACAUCACUCGGCGGGUAGAGUUGAGUGAACUGGUAGUGGGGGCAAGGUGUACUCCAGGUGCGACUAGUUUCCGAACGGCAAAUAAGAUGGCGGACACAAGGCGAAAAAACAUUAUUGUAGCCUGCGUCGUAUCUGAACAGAAAUUAAGAGUUUUAAAUAUAUUACAUUCAGAAAGUAGUGAUGACGAGAUAACAAAUAGAAUAAUUGAAGAAGCAAAUCUUGUCGAAGCCCAAAUAAGAUUUGGUAAUCGAGGCUACCAUAAAGUCAGAGAACAACUAUAUGUUAACGAAAUUAUACCAAGAUUUAGUAAUGAAGUGUUCCGUCAACAUUUUCGUAUGACGAGAACAACUUACGAAAAUCUCGAGCAACGGUUAACUUCGGCAUUGACAAAAAUAGAAAAAGAAGGAAGACCAAUGAUCCCAGUUCGAAAUCAACUCUUAUCAGUCAUUUGGCUUUUGGCAACUCCAGAUUCCUUUCGAUCUGUUGCAGAUCGUUUCAAUAUGGCAAAAUCGAUUCUACACGAUUCUUUCCGUAGAGUUGUCUAUGCUUUAAAUGACAUAGCAGAUAGUGUUAUUGUGUGGCCAGAAGGAGACAGAUUGACUGCUGUAAAGAAAAGAUUUAGUGAAAUUGGUGUUCUUCCAGAUGUCAUAGGAGUUAUCGAUGGCACGCACAUACCUAUCCUUGCACCAUAUCUUAAUUCUGAAUCAUAUAGAACCAGGAAAUGCCAACACGCUCUUACUUUGCAAGCUGUUUGCAACGCAGACUUGGUAUUUAUAGAUUGCUUUGUGGGAUUUGCAGGUUCUGUGCAUGAUAGUAGGGUAUUUAGAAACUCAGAUUUGUGGAUGUCUGUACAAGAAAAUCGUGCAAAAUUCUUUCCAGGAAAUGAAUAUAUUAUUGGUGAUAAAGCUUACCCAGUACUAUCUUGGUGUAUUCCACCUUAUAUAAAUAAAGGAAACUUGACAGAGGUUCAAGUCAACUUUAACACAAAAUUGUCAAAAAUGAGACAAGUAGUGGAAAGAGCAUUCGCUUUGCUAAAAGGGAGAUUUCGAAGAUUGAAAUAUUUGCACAUGAGCGCAGCAGAUCUGAUUCCUUAUGUAAUAUUAGCUUGUUGUGUGCUGCACAAUCUGUGUCUUGAAGAAUAUAAUGAUAGAAUAGACGAUUUUAUUGAAGAAGAAAGAAAUCAACUUGAUAGAAGAAAUGAUACUGUACAAAAUCAGAGACUGGAUUGUGAACUUGAGGAAGAAAUUUACAACGAUGCUCAGGGUCCAGCAAAACGUAAUUACUUAGCAGCAUUGAUAGCUUGAAUGCAGUCUCGAAGCAAGAACUAUAUUUUUUUGUAAUAAUAUAUAAAAUAAUAAGUGUAUGUAUAUAAUAUAAGUAUGUAUAUAUACAAGCUGUAUAAAUCCUUAACUACUAAGUUUUCAAUAGUAUACUUAUUGU